GUUUAUUUACUAUAGUUUGAAUUUUGAAUCCCAGACGGCUAGACACCAGUAUCACGCAAUCAAUUUUUGUAUUUUGUAUUUUUGUUAUUUUUUUAAUUUUAAUUUUGUAUUCCCAGUUAUUACAGAUGUAGGACAUACUGUGUUAUUAAUUGCUGUUUUUUUAUGGUCACAACUUGAAUUCUGUACCGAAAUACUUCGGUGACAGAACGAUUGAACGAAACAGCCAUCUCGGCGUGUUGAAGUCUAUAAUUCGUCGUCCAACGAAUCCGAUAACUACUGCUGAUUAUAUAAAAUUGUUAUAAUUCAAAAUGAGCAACCAAACAAGUUCAACUGAUUCAGCAUUUAAAAUGCCUAUGGCACCACAAUUUUAUCCUUCUCAAUCUGAGUCUUUACUUUUCCAAGACAUUAUAGAAGAGAAAGCUGCUGCACUUCGCAGUUUAUUAAAUGAUUUUUUGAAAGUGCAACCAUAUCGUAAAUUUGAUAUUGAAUUUAAUUCGUUUUUGAAACGUAUAAAACGCAUUAUCAUUGAAGGGCAUCGUUCUGGCUCCAAUGUUUCUCGAAUUACUAAUUCAUCACAACUUGCGCCACUUUAUGCUAGGCCAUCAGCAAGUUUCAAUAAUUAUAGGCCAUCAGCGAGUUUUAACUACAGACCACCAACAACUAUAUCAAUGGUUAGUUCUAGUGAUUAUGGCACAUUGAGAAUACCAGAAAACAAUUUUCAUCCCAUCGAACCUAGAGAACUUUCAAAUCCAUUUAAACCACCAGAUUGUCUUCAACCUAGAGUGGUAUUAUCUCGUAUUGACCAAUCUGGUCACAAUUCUCACGAGUCUCCUUCCAUAAGUGCCACAAUUAUUGAAGUUAGCCAAAAUCAUAAUGUAACUGUUAAAGAAAAAAAUACUCCUGAAAUUACUCGUAAAUCUAAAUCUUUAUCAAGAAAUGAACCACCUGCACAUAAUGCAUAUUCUGAUGUAACAUUUGAUGAGAAUAAUCAAAAUGAAAAUGUAAAUGAUGACAAUAAUUCAAUAGAAUCACUUCUCGAAGAUGUUGGAUUUAAAAUUAUUGUUGGAUUAACAGAAAAUAAUGAGACCAACAAAAAAAAUAGUGCAAGUCAACAUCAUAAUAAUAAAUCAAAUAUGUUAGGAAAUGUUGAGAGAUUUUUAUCCAUGUGGUCUUUAAAUAUGAAGCAAAUCAAAACAUCACAACAAUCUAAUAUUUCAAAACAUGUUAUAAUUUUAACUGGUAAUUUGUUGGGAGAAGAUAAGCUUACAGUUGUAGAAAAACGUCAUGAAGCUGGCAUUUUAGAAGGGCGAAAAGAAAAUAAUUUAGUUAAGACAAAAAAUGGACUAUACCGUUUAGUUGGCAAUAUCAUUGGUGGGUCACCUAAUGAAUUAUAUCAAACAUGCUUAUCCAUCAAUGGAGUUCCAAGGACAUGGAGAAAUAUUGUUAAACAACUAACUGGGACUGGAAAUAAAACAAAAAAUGUGUUUGAUUUUUCAAUUAGUUCUCCUGCUGGACCAAUUGCCAAGCCAACAAAAGCUGCUGUGAAUCUUGAUGCGAGUAUGACCAGAAAAGGAACAACUUACAGUAAAAAUAUAACUCUUGCAAAUCAUAAAAGAAAACUGUCUGAGUAUGAUGAAACUGAAAAUAAUAAAAUUAAACAUCGAAAAUUUGGUGAACAUUUACCAUUAUUACUAGCAUCCACUCCCAAAAAACCAAAAAAACAACCCACUAUGUUUGAAACUCCAAGUCAAAUUUUGAAAAACAAAUUUAGUCAAAAUAUAUGCAAUAAUUCAAACAAACAACGAAAGCUGAAUAAUGUUAAUGAUUCUAUCCAUAUAAACAAAAAAAGAAAAUCUCAAUCAAAAGAGCAGACAAGCACGUUUUUGAAGCCAAAAACCCCUGAAAAAACAAUGUUAAGUAAUAUUAACAGUACAAAAAAUGCCAAACAAAUAUCAGGAAAUUCUUCUCUGGGCAACAGAAGUAACACCAAACUAUCUAAUCAAACAUCAAUAAAUAAUUCAAAAUCGACUAACAGUAUAAACAGCAAUGCUACAAAAUCAAAAAGUAAAACACUAGAAAACUCAUCUAUGUCUAUAAGAAGUUUGAACAACUCUAAGCAACAAUCUAAAAUGAAAACGUCCAUAAACUCCACCAAUCACAGUGUGGACAAAUCUAAAGAAAAUGUUAAAGCCAUAAAGCAAACAACACCAAAAAUACAAAAAGACAAAACAGGUACAAAACAUGUAAAAAUUGUGAAAGAAGUUAAAAAAAAAAAAGUAUCAGCGUCAGGAGUUGCUCUUACUAAAAUCAAUAAAAAAAGUGUUAAGACAAUCAAACCUAAGGCAAAAAUAUGUGAUGAUAGUUUGAACAACUCAGACACACAUCAAAAAUUAAAAGAAAAUAAAUCUAAAACAAAAGAAGUGCAUUGCCCCAAUGGCUCAUCAACAGAAUCCGACCUUUUUGAUUGCAUAGAUCAUGAUGAUUAUGGUAAUAUAAGUGAUUAUAAUGUUAUGGCAUCACCAAGCAAAUUAAGUGUAGUAUCAGGUAAUGACAAAUCCAGAAGUGUGACGCCUCCAUUAUUUAAUUAUCAAUGGAGUUCAACUGCCAAGUCAUUAGUUGCUAGUGAACCACCAACCCCACUAAGUAAAUCAGUUGAGGCCAAAGCAUUAAAGCGUGUCAAAGCACCAAAAAUUACUCUAGAAGAUGAAAUUAAGUAUAACAAAAAGAAAAAUAGCAAACGAUCCAUUGAUUUCAAAACAGUCUCUAAUAAAAUAAACAAAAUGUUAGAAUUUGGUGAUGGAUAUGAUGAAGAUUAAUCAAUAUUUUUUGUUUUUUUGAUGACAUGUCUUAUUUUUUUAAUAAUUGAUUUUCCUUAUCCUUUAACAUCUUAGUUAAAAUAAUAUGUAUAUGCUUGUUGUUAAAUUUUUAAUUAUUAUUUAAAAAUAUAAUAUGAUUGAAAUACAACAUAAUUUAUUAUGAAUUACUA